AUGAGCAUAUCGAUCUUGCUCCCGGCACAGCCGAGCGACUUGCUACGGCUCAAAGACGUCGACAAGUUUCUUCUCCGAGCGAAAAAUGUUAAACAACGUAGUAUCGUCUUUUUUGACGAAUCUGUGUCGGUUUUCGUUAUUUUAAAGCAUGAUAACUCACCCAAAACUGUGUUUAUGGAUGUGUCUGUGAUGCCUGGACAGCCCCCUACAGACCAUAAACCAGAGGUGGAUUUGCCCAUACUAUCUAAGGAGGCUGCUGUUAUCGCUAGCUUUUCUUUGGCAAAUACUAGUGUCAUUCUUGAAGGAAAGAGUGAGAUUGAAGAUGCAUUUUACUCGAUUUGGACCUACCAAGUUCCAAUUGUGUAUCCUAAAAAGAAGGUUGACAACCCACAAAUCCUCAUAUCGUGCUCCUGUCGUGAUUUUAUAAUGCCAUCGGUGGAAACCGCACAGAAACCCAAAGAGGUGGAAAUUCUUCCUGAUUUGGAGCCUAAAAAUAGCACAAAUUUAUUGGCAGAACUCAACAACCCAGUUCUGAAAAACAAACUGACGGAAACCUACAACCUUCCUUCGUCUCUCAUAGAACCCUCAGAGUCUCGUCGGUCUCCUUUACCAGUUCCUGAAAAGUCGUUCCACAGCGACACACUUUUCCAAACCUCCAUAUCGGUGCCGGUUUCGGUUUCUCUUGUGAUUCGACUAAAGUCCACCAAACCAGCAGGCCGCAACAAUGUGUUGCUUGCAACCUUGAAUGUGGAGAGCUCAGAAGAAUUGGGCGUGCUUUUGUCCAGCGAAGAUACCCAGUCAUACUACUUUUCCAUUUUGAGCUUGGAUGUUUCUUUCAAGUACGGCUCCAUGGUCGAGCUCACGGCCUCCGACUACAAGAUGCCCAUGCGGAUACGUCUUGCGGAUGCUUUGAACUUGACAUACAAGUUAGUCAAUGCCGACUUUGAGCGAGAACCACUGGACCCUCAAGUCAAUGCCAGUUCCAAAGCACUCAAUAUCAAACUAGUACUUCAGGUCCAGCGCUACGACUGCUCUGCCAAUUCCUUCGUCAACGUGAGCAACGAAAUUACCACUUUUUGGGCUCCAAUACUCGACUUCACCAUCAUGGCUCCUCCCAUAAAUAGCUCGUUGCGAACCUCGGUGGGCUACUCACAAGUGCAGUCGGUGGGUGGAAGAGGUCUCCAGCGCAAAUCGGCUCUUCACAGUGUCUACAGCAUCAAAAGCAACAGCAAUUCGUCGCAACUAGUCAAUGGAACAAACAUCAAUCCACCAGCCGUCCAGCCAGGACUCAAGCAAUCACCGCUUUGUUCGUCAAAUGUUACGGUUAAUUUGGCCAAUAAUCCAGCUUCGGCGCUUUCCGGUCUUAAACUCACUUUUAUUGGAAGCUUUACUUUGAAACUCGGAGAAGUGAGUUCGUGGAAAAUCCAAGCAAUUAAUAACUCCAGCAGUGCUCUCAACUUAUCUAUUGUGGUUCAGGAUCCGCUCCACUGGGCCGCCAAUGCUGCUCAAAGAGGACCUGUUUCGAAUACUUCUUCGUCAAAUGUUCUAGGACAAAAGUCUGGAAAUGAUGUCUUGGUGGUGAAUAAAAUUCAUCUUCUCAACGAAAUCGCAACUAUGAAACCUCGUUCUGGCGGGGUGGUUUUUCUUGAAAAUGACAUUAGAUUGGGACCCUUGGAAACCAAUAAUGUGAUGGAAACGUCUAUUCAACUCAUGGGCAUAGCCCGUGGAAUCCACAAUUUGGAAGGCAUAAAAGUGUUUGAUACAAACACCGGCGACGGCUUGGACUUUGGAAAGCUUGUACAAGUGUUUGUGACAUAA